UGCGUGUGAGGUCAUCACGCGCGGGCGGGCGGGGUCCGACGGUUUGAACGAGACGAAGACGGAACCGGAGCCGGGCGCGCGGACGGCGAACGCGGGUCCUGAGAGAGCCGAAGAUGGCAGUGAAUGUGUACUCAACGUCAGUCACCAGUGAUAACCUAAGUCGACAUGACAUGCUGGCUUGGAUCAAUGAAUCUCUGCAGUUGAAUCUGACAAAGAUAGAACAGCUGUGUUCAGGGGCUGCAUACUGUCAGUUUAUGGACAUGCUCUUCCCUGGAUCCAUUGCCUUGAAGAAAGUGAAAUUCCAGGCUAAGCUAGAACAUGAAUAUAUCCAGAACUUCAAAAUACUACAAGCAGGCUUCAAGAGGAUGGGCGUUGACAAAAUAAUUCCUGUGGAUAAAUUAGUAAAAGGAAAAUUUCAGGACAAUUUUGAAUUUGUUCAAUGGUUCAAGAAGUUUUUUGAUGCAAAUUAUGAUGGAAAAGAGUAUGAUCCUGUAGCUGCCAGACAAGGUCAAGAAACUGCAGUGGCUCCUUCUCUUGUUGCUCCAGCUUUGAGUAAACCGAAGAAACCUCUCGGCUCCAGUACUGCAGCCCCACAGAGACCCAUUGCAACACAGAGGACUGCUGCAGCUCCUAAGGCUGGCCCCGGGAUGGUACGAAAGAAUCCUGGUGUGGGCAAUGGAGAUGAUGAAGCAGCUGAAUUGAUGCAGCAGGUCAAAGUAUUGAAGCUUACUGUUGAAGACUUGGAGAAGGAGAGAGACUUCUACUUCGGAAAGCUAAGGAACAUUGAACUGAUUUGCCAGGAGAAUGAGGGGGAAAAUGACCCUGUACUGCAGAGGAUUGUAGAUAUUCUUUAUGCCACAGAUGAAGGCUUUGUGAUACCUGAUGAAGGGGGCCCACAGGAGGAACAAGAAGAGUAUUAAGCAGCCUGGACCAGCAGAGCAACAUCCGAAGUCUUCAC